AGAAUACCUAACCUUCACCCUCACUCUGAAACAAUUUUGCUCAAAUUGAAACAACUUAUUAAAACUUUAUAACUAUUUUCAAUAUGUGUUGUACUGUAUUAUCUUUUGUGGGUUAUUUUGGUCUUCUGUUCCUGUCGGCAGCGUGGGCUGAGAGCAGAAGGGAGUCCCUGGAUUUUCUGCUUCCAGACCUCAGAGAUCAUUUGGGUAACAGAUGCAGCCAGCAGAGUGACUAUUUCUGCCUGUUGAGGUAUUGGAUAUCCAGUGAAGUGAAGUCCAGAACUCCCCAGGAGACUGAUGAGUCAGAGUUCAACAGCCUCAUUAACACCACCUUCAACAGCUACAAUUUUUUCUCCUUCCACUUAACAGAUGAGGAAAAAGGUUGCUGCAAUCAGCAAAUCAAAAUCUAUUUGCAAAAUGGACAGCGAAAUGGACUUUCUCCCCAAGAAUACUACGACAAAUUGACUGACUUCCAAACUCCAAACAUGAGCGCUGUUUACGUCAAGGCUCGAUUUGAUCGCGACAUCUGUGCCAAUAUCAUUAACCAAAUCGGAUUCGGCCGAGGGACUUUCAAGCUGAUUGGAGAUCACCGAGUUGGUAAAGAUUUCUUCAUUCACUCUCCGGGAAAUGGAGGCAUCUACUGGGUACCUAGGCAAGGACUGAAUCGUCUGACGUUUGAAUGGUUCAAACAAAAGGUCAUUUGCGAAGGUCAGCCAUGGCUUUGUGAAGUUGGAACCAGUGACAUUAGCCAAGAGCUCAGACUUCAAGGGUCCGAAACUUAACAUUAAAAAAGAGUCGAAGAAGCAAAAAUGGCUUGAAAAUACUCAAUUUCACUAUGAUUUUGCAUAGCAGUAAAAUAGAGAUUUCACAAUAGAGCUCAACAGUUGCUUUAC